AUGUGACAUUGGCAUCUGUGAGCUUUUACUACAAGUCAUUUUAAAAGAAAACAAAUCAAGCGUGGAAGAGGAGCUUGGAGAUAAGCUGCUGCACUGAAAGUAAAGUAUCUGAGCAAGCUGAAGGAGGAGAAUAGGAACGAGUGGAAAGAGGGAAGAGAGCCUGAAACAUAAAGAAGGGAAGAUAGAAAGAAAGCUGAAGCAGCAGAAGAUCCUCGCUGUAGACCAUGUCUCUGGAGGUGAAGGAGAAGAACCAGGUGCGUCUGGUGUUCAUGGGAGCAGCCGGCGUAGGCAAGACAUCUCUGAUCCGUCGCUUCCUGGACGAUUCGUUCGAGACCAAACACAGGCGGACGGUGGAGGAGCUGCACAGCAAAGAGUACGAGUUCUCAGGGAUCAAGGUGACGGUGGAGAUCCUGGACACGAGCGGCAGCUACUCGUUCCCGGCCAUGCGCAAGCUCUCCAUUCGCAAUAGCGACGCCUUCGCUCUCAUCUACUCCAUCGAUGAUGCUGAGUCUCUCGAGACGGUCAAAAAUCUGCGUGAUGAGAUCCUGGAGGUCAAAGAGGACAAGUCCAUACCCAUCAUGGUGGUCGGGAACAAGAGCGACCGAGAUGAGUGCAGGCAGGUGAACUCCGAAGACGUUCUGGCUAUGGUGGAGAUGGACUGGAACAACAACUUCCUGGAGGCAUCAGCCAAGGAGAACGAGCAUGUCGUUGAGGUGUUCAGGGAACUUCUCCAGCAAACCAACCUGCCCAUGCGGCUGAGCCCGGCGCUGAGACGGCGCAGAGAGACAUUUCCUAAAAACGCAGACUUCAGGCCUCCUAUGAAUAAAACCAACAGCUGCACAGUGUCCUAACAUCACACAUCAAACAUCUGCAACACCUCCAUCUUCUCAGCGUCCUUCUUUCAUGCAGGAGGGAAAAAUGACCCGGACCGUGAGCAGGCAAAAACGGGAAAAACACUGAGCAAAGACUAAACUACCAAGAAAUCCCCUCUGCUUCCUGACCACAAGAGAGAGAGAGAGAGAGAGAGAGAGAGAGAGAGAGAGAGAGAGAGAGAGAGAGAGAGAGAGAGAGAGAGAGAGAGAGAGAGAGA